CAUGGUCAGCGGGUAUUCUUUAUGGAAAACACGAGCUCUAAUAACUUGCAUUGAAAUAGCAUAGGCAGAAAACGGAGAAACACUGUCACAUUUCACAAGUCAGUUUUAGACAUUUUGAACAUCGAGCAUCGCAGGAAGAUAAAAUUGUCUGUUAGCUUUAAAAAUCCGGAUCUAGAAGACAGAAUGUUGACUUCUUCUAAUAAUUAUAUUUUACGUGCAUCGCGUCUUUCACUCAUGUCAAAUGUUAAGCGUUGUUUUCUCGCUGUUGCUGUCCGCCACCCAGUACUGAAAUGAGUGCAGAGAGCGUUCAGACCUGCCACACAAAGAAGCCACCUCCACAGACACACGCACAGGGCGCGCUGUGCGAUCUUAAGUACAGCAUCGGAAUUGCAGAUAUCAUUACGGCUCUACUGUCCACACUGAGAGCAGAUGGGAACAACGCUACAAUGAAAGCGGACAGCUUUCCUUUGGAAGAAGUAUUUUAUUGAAACUAUACACGAAAUCUGAAGAUUGCGUGGAUUAAUGUAUGCGCCACUGAUAUAAGUUAUUAACCAAUAUGUUCUGGCGGCGAUUUCUCUUCAAAAUCUCCCAAUAGGAAUCAGAAACCAUCCCGAUUGCCGGAGAAAUGAUGACUGGAAAGAGAUCGUGGGCAGGAACAAGGCAAGUGCUGUGCUUUAUUGCCGUGUCCUGCUUUGCAAAUUUGAUUUCUGGACAGAUCCGCUACAGAAUUCCGGAAGAACUAAAGCAUGGAGCUUUUGUUGCCAAUAUUGCUGAUGAUUUAGGUUUAAAUGUCAGUAAGCUAACUGCCAGAAGACUACGUAUCGUGUCUGGUGCCUCUACGCAGUACUUGGAGGUAAAUUUGGGCAAUGGCAUUUUGUUCGUGAAUGAAAAAAUAGAUAGGGAACAGCUCUGCGGUCUGAUUCUCACUUGUUUUCUACAUUUGGAAGUUGUUAUCGAAAAUCCUCUUGAACUGUACCGAAUUGAAGUAGAGAUUCUAGAUAUAAAUGAUAACUCACCAACUUUCUUGAGGAAGGAUAUCUUUUUGGACAUUAUAGAAUCGGCUUUGCCAGGGAUACGAUUCCCUCUCGAGAGCGCUCACGACCCAGACGUGGGCACUAACUCAGUUCACAUCUAUAGGCUCAGUCCAAAUGACCAUUUUAUCUUGGAUGUGGAGACACGAAGUGAUCGCAGCAAAUUUGCAGAGCUGGUGUUGGAUAAAAUGCUGGACAGAGAGCAACAACAGAUCCAUCAUCUAGUUCUGACGGCAGUUGACGGAGGGGUUCCAAAGCGGUCUGGUUCUAUCUUGAUCACUGUUAAUGUCCUGGACGCCAAUGACAAUUUGCCUGUUUUCGAACAGACAAUUUACAAAGUUUCCUUGGAAGAGAAUGCACCAAAGGGGGCGUUAGUAUUAACAUUGAACGCCAGCGAUUUAGACGAAGGUUCCAAUAGCGAGAUAGAAUAUUCUUUCAGUAGUCAUACUCCUCCGAGAGUGCGGGAACUGUUUAAUGUGGACUCCCAUACAGGUGAGAUUCGAGUUAAAAGUACGAUAGAUCACGAAGAAAUGAAUACGUACGAAAUUUAUAUUCAAGCCAAGGACAAAGGUGGCCCCUAUGCAAUACCUGUGCAUUGUAAGAUUCUUGUAGACAUAAUUGAUGUGAAUGAUAAUGCGCCUGAAGUGAUCCUGACUUCUUUGUCCAGUCCAGUGAUGGAAGACGCCAUGAUUGGGACAGUAAUUGCUCUCAUCAGUGUUACAGACCUAGAUUCUGGGGAAAAUGGGCAGAUUAACUGUGAGAUUACUCAGGAAGUUCCAUUUCGGCUUCAGUCAUCUUUUAAGAACUAUUACACAUUGGUGACGACCGCUCCUCUAGACCGCGAAAGAGUACCAGAAUACAACAUCACAAUUAUGGCAAUUGAUUCAGGAUAUCCUUCUCUUUCUACAAACAAAUCUAUAUUUCUCAAGGUUUCAGACGUGAAUGACAAUGCUCCAAGAUUUUCGAAAUCUUCAUACACAGUGUAUGUCACAGAAAACAACGCACCUGGCGCUACCGUUUGCUUUGUGACAGCAUUGGACCCUGAUUCGAAUCAAAACGCCUACCUAUCUUAUUCUAUCAUGGACAGUACGAUCCACGGAUUACCCUCCAAAACCUAUGUCUCAAUCAAUUCAGAUAAUGGCAACGUCUACGCAUUACGUUCAUUCGACUACGAACAACUAACAGAUUUUCAAAUCCAAAUCCAAGCUCAGGAUGCUGGAUUUCCACCACUCAGUGGUUCUACCAAAGUUAAUGUGAUCAUCUUGGAUCAAAAUGACAAUGUUCCGGUGAUUGUCUCCCCAAAGCCAAGGAACGGUUCAGUUGCACGACAUAAACUGUCGCAAUCUUUGCACCCGGGGCAAUUAGUGAUCAAAGUCAUUGCCACAGACGCGGACUCUGGACAGAAUGCAAAGCUCUCCUAUUUAUUACUGCGAGCAACAGAUCCUACGCUAUUCAAUUUGGCACUCCACACAGGCGAAAUAAGGACGACCCGGCGUCUGGGAGACAGAGAUGUCCCGAAGCAAACUCUGCUCAUCCUCGUGAAAGAUAAUGGGCAACCUCCUCUUUCAGCCACGGUCACCAUCGUAUUUUCAAUAAUGGAGAACAUUACAGAUAUUCUGCCUGAAAUCAGCAAUUUACCUGAGAAUGCAGAGCAAAAUUCUGCUUUAUUAUUUUAUAUAAUUAUCACAUUGGGAUGCAUUUCACUUGUAUUCAUUGUGGCCAUUAUCAUCGUCGCUACCAUCAAGUGCCACCAAUACAGAAACAAUGCCCACAACUGCAACACCGCCGUCGGGAAUUGUUGUUGCAUUCAGCAUUUGAAUUCGGCAGAUAUUUUGCAAACCUCUAAAACAAAUCCCCAAGUAACCACCAAUCCUAAAGCGCCACCUGACUUUUUAGAGGUAGGUGGAAGUGGGACAGUCUCACAGGCCUAUUAUUACAAGGUGUGUUUGACCCCUGAAUCUGCGAAGAGUGAUUUCACUUUCCUCAAACCAUACAGCCCAGGGAAACCCGAUGGUGAGACAAGCACUAGUGACCCUGAUGGAGUGGAAUGGAAAGGAUAUUCACCAAAACGUUUAAAUACUGAUGUUUCAACUGCCAAUUUCAAUUCGAAAGUCAUUAAAUUUCGCAAGUGGAAUGGAGAUUUAUCCAGUCAGGUUUUUCAACUAGAGGAGGCAGCACACCUACCAGAAGGAUUUAAAGAGAGAGUUAAGAAGAGCAAAGAGAGGACUUCAGCAUUUUUUUGCAGGCAUACAGCAGCAGACCGCGGGAUUUGGAGCAAUCCUCCAUUGAAAGAUGCUCUUCAGGACAAUAUGGGAUGGGGUUAUAUACUUCGGAUAAAUGCGAAGUGGAACCUGAUCCCAGAAGGCUCGUAGAAAUACAUUCUCGAGCCUUGUAGGUGCGCUGAAUGGGUACAUUGUGACUCGAAUUAAUGUUUUGUCAGUGUGAUGAGAAAGUUGACAAAAAUGUAUUUGGUCUGCUUACUCUGGCUAACUUAAUUGAAGAAUAUUACUCAAACUUGCAUCACAUUAUGUUCCAAGAUGAAUAAGCUCUGUACAGUCAAAUUGCAUGCUUCCCGAAUGAACGACGGCAGUGUACGUCACAAUAAUGUUUGGCUAUAUAUAGAUAUUAAUAAAGAAAAUGUCUCUUCACGUAGUUGUAGAUGAGCGUACCCAUUUCAUAAUGAUCUGGAGUUUUGCACCGUAAGACUGUCACCUGUAUAUAGCACCUGGUAUUCCUUGUUUACUGAAAAGACAAUUUUAAUUGAAUAUGUAACACACUUUCUGGAAGGACUACUGCUUUUUUUUAAGCUUGCUGAUAUACUAUUCUGCAUUUACCUUAUUUGAACGGAAUACCCCACCAACCCCACACCCCAUUACCUCCCAACCAUCAGCUCAAUCUCUCCCAAUUCUGAUCAUUCCCCCGUCAUCUAUUUCUGGACAAUGCACUGAGUCGUCAUUUUUUUCUAAAUGCAAUAGAAUAAACAUAAUGGCCGAGUCAUGGAUAUAUGAAUAAUAAGCAAAAUAUAUAUUCUAUACACAACAUGGGAUGGAGACGAAUGUUGAUAUUUUUCAGAACCAAUGUGCAGAUGCUAGUGACGAGCAAUUGUGGACCAUUAAGAAGGCAAAUUCAUACUUUGAACGGCUUCAAAGACUUUAUUUUUCUUACUUGUGCAUUGAAACUUAAUUUUUAAUCUAUCUACUCCAUCUACUCCAUUGAGUCCAGUUAACUUGCUACGUUACUUGAUAUCAGUGUCUAUGCAGAAGCCUUCGACAGAGACACUUAGAUUCGUCAAUGUUUUAAAAGUGCAUUUUGGUGUUAGUGAAUCCAAUUUACUUAAUAAAGAAAUAAUUCUGA